UUAAGAGCGUGCCACAAACGGAUUUCCCGUAGGUAGAAGAGUAGACGCCAUUUUUUCCUCAACGCUUGCGACAUACGGCCGUGCUUGUAUGUGGUCUAUGUAUGAGUGUGUGUGUGUGUGCGUGAAUAUAAGGAAAAAUAUAUUUUAUUAACGGCAGUGGAGAAGAUUGCAGCGCCGCUCACUCAAAGGAGGAACACACGGCACAGUACGGAACACUUACUUUGGUUUUGGUAGUGUAAUGGCAAAAGUGACGGGUAACGGUAACGGCGUCGGAGUCCGACAUAAUAUUGGAGUCUGAGUGCGAGUCGGUGACGCUGACAGUGCCACACAAAACGAUUUUUAAGGCAAAGUGUGAGAAAUUGUUGUGCACAAAAAAAAAGAAAAAUAAAAAAUAAAAAGCAAACGAAGAAAAAAUACUGAUAAAGAAACGCCAUUGGGUGGGACGCAACGCUUCUGGCGAGUGUGGUAACCUGCCGAACGGGCUUAAAUACUUGUAAAUAAAAGAUUUGUUUGCAUAUUUUUUCACUUGGUUUGGCAAAGCAGAAUGAAAUAAAUUUUAAAGUGCGUACAAUUUCAGCAGCGUCGACGACGAAUGCAAAGGAAUUGUAACGAAUUUAUUGAAGUGUAAAAUUCACAGGCGUGUGAGGACGGCGACAAGCCACAAACAUGUCUUUGGCGAUGUUGUUUGUGACGGCCGGUAUUUGUAGUAGUAGCAGCAUUGCAGCGAACAUUUCAUUUCAGCAAUGGCAUCAUUAACACCGUCUUCAAAUGUCGAAACAUAUGAAGAUAUGUUCAAAGAAAUCACAAGAAAAUUAUAUGGGGAAGAGACAGGAAAUGGGCUACAUACGCUGGGCACACCGGUUGCGCAGGUGGCAACCACUGGGCCCACAGCACCCGAGGGCGAGCGCUCAUUCACUAAUCUGCAAAUCGAUCGCAGCGCUGCACCCACCAUCGAAUAUGAGAAUAAUGCCGUCGUUGCCAGUGGUUCGACCAAUGUAGCAGCAACAGCUGCUGGCGCUACAAAUGUUGUAAUCCAACAACAACCCGAGGGUUCUGUGGUGGUGGCAACGACAAGCGGCAGUUUCGGCAAAUCGGAUGAUCAUUUGAGUACGGCAUUUGGGCUGGCGGCGCUAAUGCAGAAUGGUUUUACUACCACCACCGCUACUGGCACUGGUGGCGCAGACCAACAACAACAACAACAGCAUCAACAGCAACAACAACAGCAGACACAAAUCGUACAGUGGACAACACCAACGGCAACAGGUGGUAAAUUGCAGAGCUAUACGACUGCUACUCAACAACAGCAACAUCAACAGCAGCAGCAGCAACAACAGCAACAACAACAGCUGCAGCCACAACCUGGUACAUCUAAGUCAAAAUCCAAAAAUCGCAACGACUCCACCACCGAAAUAAUUUACACUAGUCCCACAACCUCCGGCAACACCAUGAACACCGGCCAGGCCCAACAACAAGCGGCACCCACACCAUCGAAUGGCAUUGCCACCGGUGCAGCCAAUGCUGCUCGUGGCAGAACUAGUCGCAGACGGUCCAACGGCCACCAAAAUUGCGACAAUAGCAACAAUAAUGGCGUCGUAGCACUACGAAAACGUUACGCCUGCUCUCACUGUUCCUACUCCACCGAUCGACGAGAUCUCUACACUCGCCACGAGAACAUACACAAAGAGGACAAGCCCUUCCAGUGUUACGCUUGCAUGAAGCAAUUCAAUCGGGCUGAUCAUGUGAAGAAACAUUUCCUGCGCAUGCAUCGCGAACUGGAAUACGACAUCAAUAAGACUCGACGUCCUGCAUCCUCAAGUACGUCCAACAAUGGCGGCGUCGGUAGCAAUCAUCAUGCCGCCGUGCGUGUCAAUGUCGCUUUACCGGCGGUAAACAAUCAACAGGUAAACAUUCCGAACGCCGGUUGUGGCUCACCCGAGCAGAAGCCCAACAUCAUAUUUCAGGGCGCGAUCGUACAACAAAAUGCAUUCAUGGAGGCGCAACGUCAGCCCACUUCAUCUAUUAUGAGUAUUGCCGAGACUAUUGAAGCAGUGGCAACGGCUGCUGAUGCGCCAUUACCUCAACUCAAACAAGAGAAGCAGGAUGAUAUCGGCGCCAGUGGCAGUGGCAAUGGUGGCAUUAUUGGCAACUCUGGCGCUGCUAGUGGCAGCAUUAAGCCGAAACGCGAGAAACGAUUCAACUGCGAGUUCUGCCCGUGGUCCGGUGCCGAUAGAUGGGGCUUAAAGCGGCACGUGAAUACGCACACAAAACCGUUUGUCUGUUUGUUGUGCGACUAUAAGGCCGCGCGCUCCGAACGCUUGGCCACGCACGUGCUAAAGGUGCACGACAAGCGUGUCUGCAAUAAGUGCUCCUUCCUCGGCGACACGCAGGAGGAGUUCCAGGCGCACGUCAACGAAGUGCAUCAUACAACUCAUAGUGGUGGCGGUGGCGGCGGCUCAUCCACUUCCAGUAAUCAUGGCGGCAACGUUGGUGGUGGUGGUUCGGUGACCAUUUACACCACAACAACAACGAAUGAUAAUGGCAGCGGUAAUGUGACCGGCGGUCCACUACAGGAAAUCAUUGUAAAUCCCACUUCGAUGGUGGGUUGGCGCCUAAGUGCCAAUGGUUCACUAAUACCGCCACACGAUCUACUAACGGGCGGUUUGCCCAAUGCAGCCGCACAAAAACGCGGCUCGGAACGAUUAUUUCAAUAUCUUGAGGCCGACGGAAGUGAUCCGGAAGACUAUGCGCGUCUACUAAAAAUGGACGCCAUUAGUCGCAACACCGCUUCAGUCGCUCAGGAUUUUCCUAAGGCGGGAGGCGUGCACGAGUUGAAAAUUCCAGCUAAUCAUCAACUCCUGUUCAAUAAUAAACUGCCUUCAUCACAAUGGACGACCAAAGAGGCUGCGACGCUAGUCCCUUCCCUAAGUAACAACACCACCUAUGCUAACAACUAUCAACAUCUUCUGCAGCAGCAGCAGCAACAGGAGCUCCGUAUUAAUUAUAACCAGCAACAAAUGAACAACAUCAACGGUCAAAUGCGUCAGCGUCAGUAUUCGACCGGCGAAGACGAUGAGUGUACACCAUCGUCCGCCUCGUCGACAUCGUCGAGUGAUUAUAUCACAUCGCCGUUAAAAAUUGAUGGUAAGCGACGUUCAGCUGGUUCAACAACAGCAAUGCACCAACGCAGCAGAAGCAGCAAGAGCAGCAGAAAAAACAACAGCAGCGGUAUGGGGAACAGUGAGCAGAGACAGGCGAUAUCGGCAUUCUGGAGCGGAAAUUUCGAUUCUCCUGAAACAUCAGGAUCAGUAAUCGGAAUCAUGGCAGCAGCAGCGGCUAAUCACAAGCGUAAAAACCAGCCACUCUGGGGCAACGAUGAAAAUCGAGAGCAGCUUAUUAGAUCGCCUCCCGCGAACAACAAUAAUCACAACAAACCAAUAAACUACCAGAAAAACAACAACCCACAGACGAAGAGACGCGAAUAUCGUCGUGAAAUGAUAGAUAAUUUGCGCAACAACAUCGCAAACAAAGAGAAUAACAAACAAAAUGCUGCCACACUCCUCGCCGCUCUGGAAUAUCAGAAUCUGAAUAAAGUCAACUCAGCAAUAGAAAAUUACGUUAAAGACAUGAUCAACAAAUAUUAUACCGAGACGUCUAUGCCGAUGGCUGCCGAAAUGGCACAUGAGAGACAACCGACACCAGAACCACAACCGUCACAGCAACCCUUACCAAAGCGAUGCAAUCGCCUGCGUAGCGAGACCGAGGGUUGCAUCGAGUUUUUGCUCAAUAAAGACGACAUAACUCUAACUAUCACACCAAAAGCGUCUGCCGGCAAUGAUUCCCCGUCGAGUCCCAUGCGUUCGCCGCUGAUAAUACCACCGCCCGCAGUGACCCUAGCACCAAUCAUACCCGCCCGGCCACCAACAAUGCAGCAGCAGCAACAACAAAUGCACCAGCAAGAACCAAUGCAGCAGCCACAACCGCAGCCAGCCUUUUCACAAAUAGCCACACUAUUGCCAUUGUUGGCGGAUGCUGCUUGCCAGCAGCAGUACCUCACUGCGCCCCUGGACUUUAGCAAAAGUUCUACGUACGACAUGCCACCACUCAUUCCGAACACACAACCGCCCAUUUCCGUGCCUACGUCCAAGACAUUUGAAUUUUUCCCCACUCCAGCGGCGACAGUGAUGCCAAAGGCAGCACAGGUUUCGGUCAUACAACCAGUACCCACACCCCUAUCCGUACAACAACAACAACAACAACUAAAAACUGCUGGCGGAGGCCAGAACACCCAAGACAAGCGCUCGUCACGCAAGCAGGCACAGCCCAAGAAAAUACGCGCCCCGCCGGAGGUUAUAGUGGCCAUGCUGCGCGACAAGUACUUGAAUCGCAUGGUCGAUAAGAAGCUGAGCUGCCGUACGUGCGCCCAAGACAAGCGGCGCGCUGCCACAAUGCUCGUAUUCAACUAUCACACGAACGGGUCAUUAGCGCUGCACAAAUACUGGAAGCAUUGUGCCAAGCAGCAAAGCUGUCGUUAUUGCAAGCAGGCGUUCGGCCAGCGCACCAGCUUGAUGUUGCACUAUUGGCGUAGGCAUGAUGACGUAAUGCAGAGCAAACGGCGAAGCGGUGUGAAGGAGAUGGACAGAAAGCUGAAGAAGAUGCCGAAGAGGGGAAUGAAGAAGCAGUCUAAGCAGACGAAAAAGGCCAAGAAAGCAGGGUUGAGAGCAUAGAGUGGGGUAGGAAAUCAAAGAUUUCACACAUACGUAGGUGAAUUAUUUGAGUCAACUGUACAAAUUAAAAUUGAAUACAGUUAGUGGGGGCGUAAAGUGUAGUUGAAGUGGAGACGUCUGUAGAUGAAUUGUGUUGCUUAAUUUGAACAUUUUAAGCUAAAAUUAUAUUCGCGGGCAAAGUAAAUUGCAGAAAAAUGAAUGAGGAUUUUAACACAUUGAGUGCCAUGCAACGUGGCACUUUGUACGACACCCAAUAUUUUCUGUGGUGCGCAUACAAAAUUCGUGCGCUUUCAUGCUACUCAAAAAAGUUUGGUCUAAUUUGCAUACCGCUGUGAUGAUCUCCACCAUUCUUGUUCGGCUAUACAAGACAAAACGGGGACCUGAGAGCGCUCAGAAAUCAAUUUAUGCUACAGUCAAACUUCUAUAACUCGACUCACCCAUACGCAAAGAAUAUUUUCCACUUUUAAAGACUUCGGUUAUGCUCGUAGAAUAUAAACUCGUAGAAAUGAAACUUUACGAAAGAAAAUAAGGGCUUCACUCAAAAAAACAAAAAAAAAACAUACAUUAUUUAGGAUUCUUCCAACGGAGUUCGACUUAGUGAAGCCUGUGCCAAGACUCUUAUUCGAGUUAUGGAACUAAAAUUGAAUGUCAUUCGAUUUAGUUCGAGUUAUAGAAAACUCGAGUUGUAGAAGUUCAGGUUAUCAAAGUUUGACUGUACUUUCACAGCGCGUUCUAACCAAAACCAACCUACUUUCUGGCUUUCAAACACUACUAAAAGUGGCCGCCUUCCGUCCUUGAGGUUUAGCACACUAGACAGCGCUAUUUUACUGGGCCUAUCGCCCGUCUGUACAUCCGCUUGUGUAAACCCCAGUGCGUAGAUGAAACAAACUUUUUUCUUCUAAUAGCGGUUGUCACACACGCGCUCCCUCCGCUAACUCCGAGUGAAUUUCUGUUAUGAAAAUACUUAUCUUCUCAUCGAAACGUCCAUCUGGUGUUCGGUGGUGUCAUAAAAUUGUGGUGGUUGGAGAUUCAGCUUGACCUAAGCGAAAAACCGCUAUCCAUUUUUGGGCGCUUAAAUGAUAACUUGCAACACGAAAACGCCCCUGCGCCUAAAAUAACACAUUUCACGUUUUGUUCUGCUUUGUGAGAUGGCACACAAAAAAUUCCUUACAUUUAAAUGCUAACUAAAAACAUUUCCAAAAAACAAAAACAAAAACAA